ACUUCCUUCCCUUCUCUCCCUCUCUCCCUCCCCUUCAUUGGCAGUAUCGCACGAUAUCCGCGCGUGAUCACGCUUUCCGAGUGUGAUCCUGACGACAAACCACCAUUCGGGACUCUGUGUGAAAUCGAGGCUCGCUUUUCGAAAACUUGCCGCCAUGUUUUGUGGAGGGAAGUGAACACCAUGGAAGGUGUGUGAGUUUUCACUCUCGUAAAUCGGGUCGUGUUCCUUCACUGACGAGUUAUGGUGGAGUUUAAAGUUUACAGGACGGUGAUAUGAAUAUUACGGAAUGUUUUCCAAUGAGGAAGCGACGAUCUCUCGAUAAGACUCCCGGACGAUCUCACGACACUUCAGCCCUCAGCCGGUCUCCUCCAGUAAGUAGACUACGGCGAACUCCUCGUCGCCUCGGAGGUAGUAUUUGUAAUAACUCACUGUUGGAUCAGUCUCUUGAAAUUGUAUGGGACAACAAUUCUCCAUCACCUACAAGAUUUACUCAGGGGAAAAGGAAGAAACACCAUGGAAGUGACAGCAGCAGCAGUGGAGGUGAAAUUUCAGAUUUGGUACAAAAGUUGGCUGACAAGUCUGGUAGUACGCCAGAAGCAAAUCCACCAUUGCUAGCAUUCUGGAUGUCCAGAGAACACAACACCUCAGCACAGGCCAACAGUAGCAAUGCUUCAGUGAAAGGGGAUGGAAGUAGUGGGCAGAAGAUCAAGGAAUUCCAGACACCAUCCCGAAGAUCUAGACGGCUUCUUCGGAAAUGCAACAAAUCCAAGAUGAAACUUCUGAAACAGGACCUUGAACUUCUUGUACUUCCACCAGAGAAAACAGAAGAGGAAGCCACAAUUAGAGAGGAGAGUUCAGAAACUUUAAGCAAGUUACAUCAAAAAGCCUGCCAGGACACUGAAGAUGUAAAUCAAGGUGUAAAAGUAAAGGGAUCUGAAAGCUCAGAGUUCUUUGAUGACUGGGGCUCCGAUGAAGAUGAUCUGAUUCUCAGUCAAAUGGAGAUUCCUGUUUUGAAAAGUGCCAUUCCAGAAACACAAGUCAUGACCAACACACAAUUCCUGGACAGUGGGGGAGAUAUUCAGCAAAACAGUGAGUUGGUGCUGCCACUGCUUACCAAAAGCCACAGAACUAAUGCAAAUGUAGAUACCAUUGAUAAAAUUUGUACAGAAAGUUGGGAUUUUGUUAAUGAUGACACUGAUGAUGACUACAUUCUUCAGACUGCUCUUGAGGAUGUUGAAAAAUCCCAGCAGGUUACCAUUCCAACUGUUAGAAGAGUGUCACAUUUGUACAUAAAACCUGAUAUGCUUAAUGUCAAUGAGGGAAAAAAAGGUGAUUUGCAUGGCAGAGGGAAUGCUUGUGUGAAAGACAAGAGUGACAUUACCAGGUCAAAGGACCAAUGUUUUAGACUACAGAAUAAUCCCACACUGCAAGUACAAAGCACAAGAAAAAGAGACUAUUCCUUUGUGCAUCACUCUUCUAUUCAAAGCAGCAGUACUGUGCAGACAAAAAGUUUCACAACUAUUCAAGAAAAUAAAAAUGAUUUAAAGAUUACCGCCAGUGACACCCCACUGCAAACAAAGCCUCAGAGAGUGGUACAACAAGCGACAAUUUGCCCAGAGAUUGACAAUAAAAACCAGGAAUUUAGGAUGCAGCAGAGAAAUAAAUCAGAAGGAAGUACACUGGGAGGCUCCAAGACAGCUAAAUACUCUAAGGAAGAGAUAGAAAGGAAAAAGUUGGCUGCUCAAAGUCGCCGGCAACAAAAAAUGGCACAGUCAAGUCAGUUCAAGCAGUAAAGACAGACUGCAGGAGAUUGAAAAUGGAUUUGUUGUAUAUGGGUUUUAAAUGUUUGCUCAACAUUUGUCAAUAUUAUGAAGAAUCCAAUUCUUUAUGUACAUGAAACAGUGAAUAAAACUGAUUCAAUGAA